AACAGACUAAUGUGACGUCAGCUGAGAAAACUAACAUGGGUUUAACAUUAAACCGGAUCCAGAUCUUAAACUGGAGUUAAACCAGACUGAACUCGUCAUUCACAUUUAAUCCGGUUAGAUUCAGUUUUAUUCACUGUAACAUGUUACUGUGAAGAUUAAAUAAAGAACUGAAAUGUUGAGCUUCAUCACAGAAGCCAUGUUGAUUUCUUCUCCUGUUUAAAGAUGAACAGUUCAUUCACGGACUCACACCGUAACACAACAAACACACAGCUGCUGCUCCGGGACCAGGACUACUCCUCCACCUACUGUGUAAACCUGCACAUUAAGGACCGGACUCUCGGUUUAAAGACUAGACUCUGGAGACCUGAUCCAGACCGGAAUAAGAAGCGGACUCUUCAGGACUGGAUGAACAGGUUUGUUCAACGCUCGCUCUGGUUCAGACUUGGUGUGGUUUCCGGUCUGGAACAGUUACCUGGCUGAUCACCUGGUCUGUUAGCUGGUAGCCGUGUGUUAGCCUAAAGCUAAGCUAGCUGCCGCUGCGAGGAGAUAUGAUGACACACACACACACACACACACACACACACACACACUCUGAAUAACAUGAAGCUAUUUCGCAGCAUUAUCAGUUUAUUAUACAGCGCAUGCGCAACAACUCGCGAACCUGCGGCUCAAACGCGGUUUAUUGAUUUAAAUAAAAACCGUAAACUCGGUUUGAAGCGACGAACGUGAAAAUCUGUCACUGUAAUCUGUUACUGUCACUGUAACUGUGCUCGUGUCCAGUGGUGGAGGCAUUCACAUUCUGUACUUAAAGUACUGAUACUGUCAGAGUACUUCAUUACUUCCUCGGCCCUGCGCUGUAAAUGUUAGUUAUGUAAAAGUAUUUUAAGUAUCAUAAUGAAAAUAAAGUGAAAUGACUUGAAGCAGAGUAGUUCCAGUACUUCACGUGAUGUCAGCAGAUUACUAUUACUGGUGUAUUAACGUGUCAUCAUCAGUUUACUGCAGCAGAUUGUUCAGGACUAAUGACUACUCUCAUUGUGGAUUACUCAGCUGACGAUUUCCUCUAUAAUUAACUGAUUACUGCCGAUCACAGUUACUCAGAGACAAAGUCACAUGAUGCAAAUGAUUCAUCACAUCAGAGAUGUUUGGUUCUUUAAAUGAGUGAUUUCCAGCUCCGCUAGUUUUUACUGUGGAGUAGUUUCAUUAAUAUCAGAGUAUUUGCUGCUGAGAAAGAACAAUAUUCACCUGGACUCUGUUUAUACCCUGUCUGUCUGUCUGUGGUUCGGUUCAGCUCCAUCAUGGCGGCCGCUCUGUGUUUACAGACGGGGGUCAGUGGUUCUUCUCUGCGGGUGGUGUCGGUCUGACCGUGUCCUCCACCCACAGAUAACCACCUCACACCCAACAUGGCGGCUGAAACAUCAGCUCUGAGGACAGUAAUGCGACACAAACACAUUUAAACCGACGGAGUCCGUUAAACACCGAUCACCGAGACAGACGAGGCGAAUCGAAGCGACUUCACGACCACAGCCGAAGUUAACGGUUUCACCGCUGCCGGUAAACACGGACUGAACUCUGCUUUAUCCUUCAAAUAAACCGAUCGCUGGUUAAACUCUCUCGUUAACGGAGCCGGUAUCAGCCCGGUCCACACAGGAAAUGGUUUCCCAGACACAUUCCCGCCAGUAUCACGAACCCGUUUCUCCGUUAAAUCUCAGUGUUCUGUAAAACUACAGAGAACCCGCGCUCUGUCUCUGUCAUGGCGGCGUCCUCCACACCCGUUAAACACUCCAGUAAACUGUUCCGGGAGCAGAGGUAGGUUUACUGAGGGCACCACACGGUCGUCCCGGCAGAUAACGGACAGCAGAUCCUCCGGCGUCGGUGCUCGAGGUACCGGGACGAGUUUUGAAACAGGUGGCGGCAGCAAGAUGGCGGCCGAGGCUGCGCAGUACGACGGAGCAGCGGGACGGAUGAUGACGUUACAGUGAAGGACACCGCGUGCUGUUUUCCCUCCUCAGUUAGAAAACAUUCCCGAUGUCGGUGAUGAGGCGCGUUCGACGGAAAAACAGACGGAUGCUGCCUUGAUGCGUUGUACAAAUGUGUAAAAAGUGGGAUCUCCCAGUCCUUUAGAUGUCUGGGACCCGUUCAUGGCUUCUAAGAAGAAGCAGAAAGGCAUGGUGUUCCAUCACGAAGGGGCAACCACCCCUGCAGCAGCACCUGCAGCCAGCCAUCCACCUGCAUGCUUUGUUGUUCCUAAACCAGGGAAGGCGAGCGAAGGUGGGAUGGAACGAAGCACCCCUGUGACCAAUGAGGAGGCAGGUGUGAUGGGUAAACCCAACAUGUACCCAUUGAAGGAAGCCGUCAGGACUACUGCUGAACUUCCUGCUGUGAAACAUCCAACCAGUUCAAACCCUCAGUCAGAAAACCUGUCACCUGAUAGCAUCUGCAGAGGCAUCAGAGUGACACUGGACAACAACAGUAUGUGGAACGAAUUCUUCAGAUGCAAAACAGAGAUGAUUCUGACUAAACAAGGCAGCAGGAUGUUCCCUUACUGCCGCUUCCACAUCUCUGGCUUGCAGCCAUCUAGGAAGUAUUCUUUGAUCAUGGACAUUCAACCCUUAGACCACAGUCGUUACAAGUGGACUGGCAAGAGCUGGCAAGUUGCUGGGAAAGCAGAAUGUCAUGUAAAGAGUCAACCAUUCGCUCAUCCAGAGUCCCCAUCGACAGGUCAACACUGGAUGCAGAAUCCAGUGUCCUUUUACAAACUGAAGCUCACAAACAAUAUUUCAGACCAAGAGGGGAACACAAUCCUGCACCCGCUGCACUGCUACAUGCCACGACUGCAUGUAGUCCAAACUGACAAAGCUGCUAAAGACAUAAAGCUACAAGGUCCUGGUGUCGUCACAUUCACUUUUCCCCAGACUGAGUUUAUGGCGGUUACUGCCUACCAGAACUCACGGUUUGCUCAGCUGAAAGUUGACUACAACCCAUUUGUUAAAGGAUUGAAGGAGGAUGGGUCCAGUUCGUGGGGCCUGAAACUAAAAUUGAACUCUGGCAAAGACUCACACAAAGAUGGAGGCACGACAACUAACAAGCAGCAUCCUGUGAAGAAGAGCUUGAAGUCUUUGCUCGCAAACCAUAAACCUCGAAGCUCAAAAGCAGCAGACUUUAAACCUUUGGUGUCAGGUGACUUCCAGAAAAAUUCCACUCCAAACAAAGAUCAGUCAGCUGCCAAGGUUCCAGAAGAGAGUUCAUGCAGCAGCUCACGUCCUGCUCAGAAGUUAUUUUCUGAACUUAUUCGGGAGGCUCACGUGUCACUACAGCGAUGUAACCUGGAGCAACUUGGCAUCACCUCUCACAGAACUGAGCUAAUAAACACUAAAACCACAGCACUGAAGAGUAACAGAGAGGAUGUCCCUGAGAAAGACAGUGUAUCUGUGAAAACACAAGGUGAAACGUCACCUGCAAACAAAAGUGACACUUUUUUAGAGGAAAGAGGAAGGAAAAUUAAGGAGGACAAGCACCUUUUGAAUUCACCGAACUGCAAGGGCAGUUUUAGGACAGAUGAGGUCAAUAAUGUUUCUUCUCCAGUGGUGUCCCAGAACUCACAUGUGGACUCAGACCACCAGCCCAAACCUGAAGCUCCAUCAGAGGUGAAUGUAAAGCAGCAUAAACGGCCAGCACCUCUACCUCUGCCAGCCCUUGCCCUUUUUUUGAAGCAGCAUUCAACAAAAUCUAAAAAGGCCAAGAGCAAGCUGGACUCUCCUCCCCCAGCACACCCAUCAGAUUCUCCCUCUGGAUCACUGAGUUCUGCUGCAGCUUCUGCAUGUUUGCCUUCUAAUCACAGCAGCAAUGCAACCGGUCCCUCAACGGAUCUCACUGGUGAUGUUACAAAAUCUGACAACCAGGCCUCUGGGUGUACUGGUGCAGAUGUUCAUCCAAGUGAAAUGAUUUCGAAUGUCACAGGACAAGUAGUUGAAACAACCCCUAAUGCUCCCAAUCCAUCAUGUUUAGAACUAAAGGGACCAAGAACAGAGGGUCACUUGGCCUCCGUUUUAGUUUCUGAAGGCCCAGGCUCAGACCUGACAAUACCAGAUGGUACUCCUGUGCUACCCAACUCAGAUCAGCCAUCUUGUACCCUUGGGACAACUAAAUCCACCAUUUCAUCAACUCUUGCUACCUCUUCUGUGUCCCCCGUUUUGUCACCACCCUUUGACACAGUGUUACCUGCCCUGAACUCACCACAAACACCAACCAUCACUGAGUCUUCCACACUACCUUUAGACUCCCCCACCAGGAAGUCUGAUUCUUUGCUUCCGGACCCAGAGUGUUCUUCUUUUGGCUUUGAGCCUUUGUCACCUGCGAGCUCUCCAGAACCUUUACCUCCCCUGCCUGCCUCGUUAGCUUUAGAACUUGACUCCACUACAUGUGAACCAACUCCACAACCAGUACCUCCUGAAGAGUUACCACAAAGUGAAGACUCUACCGCAUCUGUGUUUAAAUGGCAUACAGUGUUACCUCUACCUGAACCGUACAUAGAUGCUUCGUUCUCAACAUUUCAGCCCACAUCACAGGCUCUUCCUUUACCGUCUAUCACACCACCUUUGUUGCCUUCCCUGACUCCCUCAAACCCUGAACAACAGUCUCUGGACACAUCCACACCUCCCCCUGAUUCUGCUCCAUCAUUUCAAGAGAACGAACAGUCGCUGCCUUUCCCAGGAGAACUGUCCCCCCUCACGCUCCAGUUGCCACUGUCUCCAACCUUUUCUUCAUUAGAUGGAGAUGGAUUAUCACCAACACCUUCACUCACGGACCUCGUGCACUUUUUCUCCACCAAUGAUGACCUUGGGAUGGGGGUGGAGUUUUCUAACACUGAAGUGGUGGCUGUUACCCUCCCACCUCCCACUACAGUAGAAGCAAACGCACAUGAGCCUUCUCAGCAAGUUCAACCAAUCCCAACCAUCAAACCCUGCAAGCGCAAGAAGUCGUCUCGGCGCCGAAAGCUUACCAAGCUGGAUAUGGAUCAGAAGAUUGAUGACUCCACCUACAUUAGCAUGCAGCCUAACCUGGAGGAAGUGGAGGAGCAGUUAUUUAUCUCGUUCACGUCAAAGGAGGCCCUCAAACUUCACAUCGCAGACUCCUCUGAAGGAACAGUCACACAACCUCAGGCGACACCUGAAGAUCACCUGACACAACCUGCUGACACACCUGAGAGAGCAGAGAGUCUGGAGCAGAGCAUCUCUGCCUGUGAGCAGAUCCUCCUCAGAGACCUGAAGCUGAUGAAACACAAACAGGUCAUUCAUCCUGUGCUGCAGGAAGUGGGUCUGAAGAUGAACCUGCUGGAUCCGACUCUGGCCAUAGACCUGCAGUACCUGGGAGUCCGUCUGCCCAUCCCUCCUCCCGGAGUCUCUCUGGAGCCUCUUCCCCAGGAGCUGCCUCCAUCUCAGGGUGUUUGUGCAGCAUUUGUGUCUCGAACAGGAAAAACCACUGAUGUGACUCAGAUUAAAGGGUGGAGAGAGAAAUUCAUACCAUCAGAGGCUCCAUCCACACCUUCGUCAGCCAGAGCUGAAGCUGGUCCCAGUUCAGAUCUACAGAAGAAGAACCUGUCUGCGUUCUGCAGCGACAUGUUGGAUGAGUAUCUGGAGAACGAGGGGAAGCUCAUUGAUGAGCGAGCUGCCAGCUUCUCCCAGCCUCUGAUGGAGCCGGUGGUCUACGAGCUCCCCACCAGGAGCACUAGCUAUGUCCGGACUCUGGACAGCGUCCUGAAGAAACACAGCGUCAGUUCCCCCACCACAGACCUCAUCUCUGGAUUCAUCCCCCCCUCCAAGAGACCCAGACUGUCCCUCAAAGAGACCAAGACCUCCAGGAGAGGAGAGAGGAAACAGAGAGGUCCUAAACAGACCAAACUCAGACCAGAAUCUGCUCCAGUUGCAACGCUUGAACCAGCCGAAUCAAACCUGGUCCCAAAACAGGCUGCGGUCCAGACCCCCCCAUCAGAGCACACAGCACCCGUCACUGAGCCUCACAAGUCCAAGAAAAACCAGCUGAAGGUUCGAUUCAACCACACAGGCCCAUUAACUUUCCAUCCUCAGAGCCCCGCCUUCAAGAGGAGGAGGAAACUCAAACCCAAGACCUCGUCCCAGACCCUCAGCCCCUCCCGAUCCACUGCUCCCCCUCUGGACCUCUCCGGGGACCUGGCUCCUCUGGAGUCAGACUCUGAGCUUGGCGCUGAUCAGGGAGACGAAACCCAGAGGGACGUCCGACCCCUGAUGACCCGAGCUCUGCUGAGACAGAAAGACCUGGAGGACGGGGUGGUAUGGGAGGGCCGAGCCCGGACCAGCAUCACUGAGGAGAGGGCCGCCAUCGCCCUGACGUCCCUGUUCACUCUGAUGGGUUUCGUCAGUGAGAACCCGACUGCUCCAAUCCAGCUGAUCCGGAGACGGGCCUCCCCCUGCCUGAAUGAGUUCUGCAGGCUGGGCUGUGUCUGCUCCAGUCUGUCCCACGUGUCCAAGGUCGGACACUGCGGCCGGCCUUCUUGCAUGUUCGGCUGCAGCUGCCUCAAGCAGAAGGUGGUCCUCCUCAAGAACCUAGAUGGCUCCGACUCCAGCCCCUCCCACCACGGAAACUCCAAGAGGAGGAGGAGGAGGAGGAUGAAGAUGGCUUAUAUUCUGAAGGAGGCAGACAGCGUUACCCAACCUGCCGAGCGGGUCCGGACUCUGUGGAAGAGGGACAUUGGAGACUCCGAUCCAGAUCCGCUCCACAUCCCUGAGCCAGGAUCUCUGCGCCUCCCCUCUGUAAGGACUGAUCCUGCUCAGAGAACAACCAGCUCUUCUCUCAGACUCAGACAUGAAUCCAGAGACCAGACUGUGUCUCUGUGUUUGCAGGAGGUCAGAGAGAGGAGCAGCAGCUGUGCCAGGGUCAGAGGUUACAGCGGGAGGAGGAGGAGACACAAACUACAGGAGAACAAAGACCUGAAGUCUAAACCUGUUCGACUGAAACCUCUGAAACACCUGACCCUGAAGACCAGUCCUCCUCCAGGUGAACCUCCUCCCCCUCCUCCUCCCCCUCCUCCCUCAGAACCUCCACCCAAACCAUCCAAGCGUCUGAUCAUCCUGGCGGAGUGUAAGUGGGCGAGCGACGCCGACAGGAGCCACGUGUUGCAGAGUCUGUGUGAGGCGAUGGCUCAGGACCGGCUGGACGCUCCAUUCUGGAUCAGAGACUACCUCAUCAGUCCCAUCAGUCAGAGCGUGGAGGAGAGCGGCGCCGACCGCUGCAUCCAGUACGAGAUCCACAUCUCCAGACCCAGAGUGGAGCCAGAGAGACCAGCAAUAAGACCAGAACAAGAAGGAGACCAGGGACAGGAGAGACCGCAACAACAGGAGCAUCUGAGACAGGUGAACAAGGAGGCGGAGCCUCUGGAGGACUGGCAGCGGGAGGUGGAGGAAGGUGACAUCCAGGAGGAGGAGGAGGGACCAGCUGUGCAGCAGGUGGAGGAAGGGAGGGAGAGGAGUGGAGGGAAGAUGAGAAUAAAAACAAAGAAGAGGAGGAGGAGGAUGGUCAGCAUGGCUCUGCCCUUCCUCACUGGGAUCUCCCCUGCUGGAUUCCUCUUAGCCAAUAGGAAACAACCAGGAGGGACAGACCACCUGGUCCAGGUGAACGGGAAGCUCUAUCCUCUGGCGAAGAUCCAGCUGGGGAAGAUGGGGGCGCUCCACCCGGCCAACCGUCUGGCGGCCUACCUGACGGGCCGGGUUGGGUCCAACAGGAAGCAGCAAGGUUCUUCAUCCUCCACUAAACCUCCUCAGACCCAGACCUCAGGACCGACCCCCAAGACCGUCACCUCGUCUUCCUCUGAUCCUGCUGCCUCCAGCAGCACCACCCCACCUGGACCACGGCCGGCGUCAGUACUCACCUCCCCACCCUCCACAGUUCUUCAGCCCACCGCUGUCCUGAUCGACCAAUCAGCUGCUGCGUCCGGUGACCCACCAACAGGUGAAGCACCUGAGGGGGUGAGGACUCAGGUCGUGGCAGUGAAGGUGUACCCGAGUCCUGCAGCGGGGGGCGCGCAGGUCAGAGCGGCCCCAGUAGCUCCUGGAGGCUCCACCCCCUCGACAGCCUCUCAGGUGAGCGGCUCCGUGCUCAGACCUGUGAACCCGUCUCCUGGAGGUUCCCAGGUGCUGGUCCAGGUCCCAGGUCCUUGUGUGGAGGUGCCCCUGUGGAAUCUGACCCCCCCCUCCUCCACUGGUCAGAGGAUGGUCCUAAAGCCGGUCCUGAGGCCGGCACCGGGGGUUCAGUAUUACCGGGUACCGGAUGGUAAGCUGGUCCAGCUGGUCCCCCUCAGCCAGGUGACACCGGUCCGACCAAACCUGCGGGUCCACAAAGGACCGUCCUCCCCCUCAGUCCUCCCCCCUGCGUCCUCCACAGUGACUACACCCUCCUCCUCCUCCUCCUCCUUCCGGUCUCAGAGGGGGACGUGCACCUUUAAAAUUCUUCCCUCCGACUCCAGGAAGGAACCAAUCAUCAUCACCUGUCCUAAACUCCCCCCCCAGGCCCCCACCAAGGUGGUGCCGGCUCUGAGCUCCUUCACCCUCCUCCAGCCUCGCCCCCGUUCCUCCGUCACCCCGGUGAACCUCAUCUCCCUCAAACCCUCUGGAGGUCGGGGGGCAGAGCUCGGGGUGAAGACGGUGGCGGUGUCUGCAGUCCCGGUGGGUCCCGGACAGGUACCGGUCCUGAAACCUGCUCCACCUCAAACCUCCUCCUCCCAGACCCCCGCAGAGAAGACUCACAGAGCGACACCCCCACCUCUUCCUCCUCUGGCGUCAGAGGUCACACCUGUGUCCCCGCCACACCCCCCCGCCGAGCCUGGCCCGGGACCUAGUGGACCUGGACAUCAUCUGUGUGGAUGCAACACGGAGCUCGUUACCACGGAGAAGCGGCCAACGGAGGUGGUGGACCUGGUGGAGUCGUCGAGCGGCGAGACGGAAAACUCCUCAGACUUUGGAGACGAGUCGGGAAGCGAGGAGGAGAAGGAGGAGGAGGUGAAACCGAACCACAGACAUAACGCUCUGGAGAGGAGGCGUCGGAUCAGGAUCCAGCAGCUGUUUGAUGGUCUGAGGAGGGUGGUGGGGCUGAUGGAGGAGAAGGCUUCAAAGAUCUCCACCCUGAAGAAGGCUGUGCAGGUGAUCCAGGAGCUGAGGACAACGGACGCAGACCUGCAGCAGAGGAAGAGGAGGCUGAUGAAGAGGAGGGAGGAGCUUCUCUCCAUCAUCACUCCACCUGCAGAUGAGAUCAGCUCAGAGAGAGGAGAAACUGGAGCAGACCUGAUGGAGGAGGAUCUGUCCGAGGAGACCGUGGACUCGUCUGAUGAGGACCGAGUCACCCGAGUCACCCGAGUCCACCGAGUUGACGGGGAUGUCUCUGCUGAGGAGGAGGGGGAGGUUCCUGGUGUUGCCAUGGAGACGGUGGAGAACAGUUGUCAGAACCAGAGGAGGAAGAAGACGAUGAAGAGCUCUGAAAACAAUGUGAAGACGAUGGUUGAAGCUCGGAGCGUCUCCGCCGCCUUCAGAUCUCUGAGUUCAGUCAUGAACAGUAAAAACUGCUCAAAGAGGCGUCUGCUGGAACAGGCUCGGCAGCAGAUCCAGACUAUGCAGACUGAGAUGGUGAGACUGAAGAGUCUGAAGAUCGUCCUGAACCAGCAGAGAAACACCUAUAUCAGAGAGAUCUCCCAAAGAUCAGGUAAGAGUGAGCAGAGAGUCCUGAGGAAGCUGCAGCACCUGUCGUCCAAACAGAAGAAGAUGGAGGAGCAGCAGAGGUACCGAGCAGCCAAUCAGCUGUCAGCAGCGGUAGGGGGCGUGGCCUCUGAUCCUCCAACAGGAGACACAGCUGAUGAUGACAUCAUACUCACAUCAUCAAACCUGCAGCAGACUCCACAAGCUCCUCACACUCCUGUUUCUGCCCCGCCCACCGCUGCAUCUGUCCAGACACCUGUCCAGCAGUCUCAGAGGAUCCUGCAGGUGUCGAUGCCUGUCCCGGCUCGCCCCACUGUAUCCCACAAUGCACCUGUGGUGAGGGACCGGCCGAGGACGAUCCCCAACAUCCUGUCUCGCAGUAAAAAUCCAGCUCCACCUUCGUCUCUGCUCAACAAGACUGUGGACGGUGAGGCUCCGUCCUUUCGGGCUCUGGUUCCGGCUGAGGUUCUGUCUCUGGUUGGUGCAGCAUUGCCGGGACAACAGGUCCUGACCCUGAGCCCGCUGGUGGGGGGGCCAGCGGUUCUGCAGACGACCCCUACGCCAGGCGUGGCCUCAGUCACCCUAAACAUCCCCAGUCUGACCAAUCAGCAGAUCCAUGUCACCUCCCUGCCCCGACCCCCAACCGGUAAGAUCGACGCCAGCUCUGCCCCCUUAAUGGUCACUAACCUAACAGCCUCGAACGUCAACAACCUGCUGCACCUGGUCCAACCGGCUCCCCCGCCCCUCCCUGCUCCGCCCCUGUUGGUCUCUGCUGGAUCUGAUCUGAUCAGAGACCAGGACCGAGCUCCAUCCCAGACUGACACCAGACCUGAGUCCUCCUCCUCUGCCGGUCUGAGUCCUAAUGGUGGGGUUGAGGUGGGGGGUCCUCUGGGUCUGGAUCGGCAGCCAGAGACCGAGAGUCUGACGUCCCUCCUCGACGAGCUUGUCUUUCUAAACCAGCAGACUGUCUCCACGGCAACCACGGACGGGGUCUCCUCCGAGGCGGACGCUAUAGGGGGCAGAGACGAGGACCUUGGCCACGCCCACAGCCCCUGGCUCCUGCAGCUGGACUCAGACUCUGACACCAUCACCACGGAAACAGAGGAGGCGGGGUUUCAGGGACACGCAGAGAUGUCACAGACCGGAACGGCCAAUGAGAACACUAAAGGCGGUGUCCUGACUCCGCCCCCUCUGCUGCAGAUGAAGGUGGGCGGGGACAAGAUAGUGGACCCCGCCAGCAGUGAUGGAGUGGCAGGAGGAGGGGGAGGGAGGGGAGUGGGGAGGGCAGAGGGGGGCGGGGCCUGGAGGCCGAUGCCGAGGCUGGUUCCCCUGGGGCUGAGAGGAAAUCCGUCCAGCUGACUGGUGAUGUCACAGCAGGGUCAGGUUCUCAUUGGCUGACAGUCAGAGGGCGCUCUCUGUCAGCCAAUCAGAGGCAUUUCUUUGAUGUUUACAGAUGAGAUUUUGUCUCUUAUUUAUUUUGUCCACGUUUCUCUGAUUUUAAACUUCAGCAGCAACGCAACCAGAGCAACUUCAGGAGAGACAGUUGCUGUGGACGUUGCUCUUCAGCGUCACAGGAAGAUUGUUGCCACAAGAAAUUUGAGUUUGAUCGUUUCAGGACAAACGUUCAGAUCAGUGCCUCUCUGACAUCCAAAGACCUGAGAGAGUGUGUCUGUGUGUGUCUGUGUGGUGGUGGUGGUGGUGGUGUGUUGUGUCAGGAUCAGUUCAGAGAAUAAAGUUGAAAUAGAACAGAGUCAGUUCAGUUUAAUCUCCAUGUUUUGUUUUAAUCAGGUGAAUUUCACAGAAACAAACUGAACGUCUUCAGAUUUAAAGUUGUCAAUAUUUUAUUUUAAUUGAUCUCUAGCAGUCAAUUCAUCGAUCAGCAGAAAAUCAAUCAGCUGUUUUCAUCAGUUAAAUUGUUGACAUGUUUUAACUAAAAGUUUUUUUCGCCUUAAAGAAUCUUUUCUUUUUUCAUAUUUGACCAAAUUUAAUAUUUUUAGUUUUGUUUGAAUAAAAUAAUCUGAACUCCUCACAGUUCUGACGUUUUAUAGACCCUAAAGUUUCAUUGUUUAAACAUGUUGACUUUUUUCUCUGUACUGUCUGACAGUUUAAACUCUUAUUCUCCAUGUUGUUGUUUGUGUUGCCGAGUUUUUCAGUCUGAAAUCUGACGGGUCAGAGGAAAACAUUCAGUCACUGGACAAAGAAAAUGACGUCCAGAGUCUGAUUUCUAAAGAUGAAAAAUAUAAACGUUUCUUCAUAUUUCAACAAUAAAAACGCUACGAGUCUUUACAGGAAAUGGCUGCUCAUGUCUCACCUGGACUCACCUUCACCUGCUCAGUGUUCACAGGACGAUUAAAGGACCAGUGUUUGAAGCUCUGGUCUGUGAUAAGAUGACUGUUCUCAGAUGAAGCUGCUUCUCUUUGUGUUGAAUGAAACGAGUUCUGCUGCUGCUCCACGUCGUUUUUCUUAAAUUUGUAUUUUUGUACACAAACACUCAGAUGUAAAUAUAAGUUGUCUGACUGCAGAUGUCUCGCAGUACUGCACUCUAAUAUAAAUAAAGUUUGAAUAUGAA